UGGAAAUAACAUGUGUCCUGCUGUUGUUGGAUGGUGUGUUCUAUAAAUGUCAAUUUAGUCAAGUUGGUUGAUAGCAUUUUUCAAAACCUCUCUAUCUUUAUUUAUUGUUUUCUACUUCUACCAGUUCCUACAAGAGAAAUGUUGAAAUCUCUAACUAUAAUUGUAGAUUUGUCCAUUUCUCCUUUCACUUCUAUUUUUUUGCUUCAUAUAUUUUGAAACUCUGUCAUUAGAUGCAUGUACAUCUAGGAUUAUAUCCCCCUUUAUUAAUUGUCACCUUUAUCAUUAUGGAAUGUCCCUCCCUUUUUAUCUUUGCUAAUAUUUCUUUUUUUUAUGUUUGUUUUUGAGGGAGAACGAACAGAGUGAAGGAGAGGUAGAGAGAGAGGGAGACAGAGGAUCUAAAGCAGGCUUUGUGCUGACAGCAGAGAGCCCAGUGUGGGGCUGGAACUCACGAACCACAAGAUCAUGACCUGAGCCAAAGUCGGAUGCUUAACCAUCUGAGCCACACAGGAUAUUUCUUCCCAGCUCUCAGACAUCUUGGACAACGUCAACUGUGUCAUCAACAGCUUCCAGGAAGAAUUAGGAUAUGAUUUAAAAGAAAAGGCAAAACCUGACCAGAUGGAGCAAAAGGGCAAGAACAGAUUCAUCUUACUGGAGAAAAUUGCCUCCUUCUCUGAAGAUGCUAAUACUAAAGAGAAGCACUUGUAUGAAAUUCUCCACUGGCUGGGUAACUGGGGUGACAGUCUGACCUAUGAGCUCAGGAACAGGAAGUGUAAGGAGGAAGAGGAAGCCCUGGAUGAAUGGAUUGAGGUGAUGGAGAAGGUAUUACCUCUCUCUCUCAUUGCCACCAAAGGAGGCAUCGAAUCUCUCACUUCCCUUUGUUCCACUCUCAUUGAAGGACAAAAGCAAAGGACACAAAUAUCCAAACACACCUUCUGGCAGGGCUGGUGGGAACAGAGACCCCCAAAAUCUGCAUCCUACCCUCAGCCACUGAGCCCAGAACAGAUGCUCCAGGACAGUCAUGCUACCUGCACUAAGGUCUCUGAGGUGAAGUCCAUGCUGCAGGAGCUCCUGGACUCCACCAUGUUCAACCAGGGGGAGGUCAGAGCCAUCAGGUACAUGUCUGCCAUGGUAGAGAACCUCAACAAGGCCUUGACCCUCCAGCACAAAGAGAACAGAAGCCUGGAGACCAAAUACAGGAACCUGAAAAUAGAGAUGACCAAAGAACUUAGCACCCAGAGGCUACACUUCCAGAAUUCCCUCCAAGUUCUCCAGAGCAAGAGGGAUGCCCUGCUAAAGCAAGUGGAAAUUCUAGGGGGGAAAUACCAUGACCUUCUCCUGAUAAAGCAUGCCUUAGAGUUCCAGCUAAAGAAGGCUCAGUCUGCUAGAGAUCAAGCAGAAGAACCGACCAAGAUCUUGAUUGACUCCCUGGGACCCCCUGAGAAAGAGACCCUCCCAGAGAAAGAAACAGUCAUGAAGGAAACUCAGCAGGAACCCAAGAAGGAGCAGUGGUUUUCACUACUCUCCCCAGGUCCCAUGGCCACAGCCUGGGACAGUGGUGCCAGGCCUUCAACAUCUCAGCCACUUUCCACCAUGACCAUGUAUUCGAGGAUUGCGGACGUGUACAGCACCAAGGACACCGAACAUCUUCAGCCCAUGAUGCUGUCCUCGGUGGAUCACAGGUCUCCUAAGAUAUGGGAAAGACUGGUGGCAGAAAGCCCAGGCCACUUCUUUCACCAAGUGAAAGACCAAAAGGAUGUCCAGGAAGCAUCCCAGGAGAAGGAAGGACUCCAAAUUAAGCCCCACUUGAGGAUGCAGCUGUCCCCAGAGAGCUCCAGGAAGGUGGCCUUGGAGAGCAAGGCGGAGCACUGGGAAGAAGAGCUCCGCUGGGAGAGGCAGAGGCAGCAGUGGCUGGAGGAGGAGGAGAUGUGGCUGCAGCGUCAGAAGAAGUGGGCCCUGCUGGAGCAGGAACACCGGGAGAAGCUGCAACAGUGGAAGGUGGAGGAGGCGGCGAGGGAGCAGUGGCAGAGGUCGGGCCAGCAAGAAAAGGAGCAAGGGGGCCCGUGGAGGGAGCCAGAGCCUCCAGGGGAGGGCACAGACAGGGUGCUCUUCAUGACCACCAGGCAGUGGAGGAACUUGGAGAAGGCAUCGCUGACACCUCCCUCAAGCCGGGCCCAGUCUGCUCACCAAGGCAGGAAGCACUUUCCCAGGUCCCCUAAUACCCAGCAGCCUGCCCCCAGAAACCAGAGGAACACGAGUUCAGCCAAGUCUACCCAGAAACCGUGGACCUGCCAGGUUCCCACGAAGCCCAAGAAAUCGGCCUCCUUUCCUGUCACGGUGACAUCCAUCCAAAAGGUGUCCCGGCCUCCUUUGCGUAUCUCCUCAGUAACUCUCAAGGGGAAAGUAUACCACAUGGAUGUGGAGGCACAGAGGAAGAAUCUGCAGCUCCUGAGCGAGGAGGCUGACCUGGGGCUGCCCCACUACCUACGCACCAAGGCGCUGGAUCUCACCACCACCACCAUGGAGCUGAACGUGCUUCGGCUGCAGUGUCUGUGCCAUAAGUACAUCCGCUACAGACACUUCCAGAGCCUCCGACAAGAAGUGACCAACCACAUACAAGUUAUGCAAGAAACUGAGACUACCUACAAGACCCAGAACCUCUACACCUACCUGGAAAACAUUGACCGCCUGCAGAACCUCUGGCUGCAGGCCUGGACAGACAAGCAGAAGGACCUGGAGGAGAAGCGCCGAGAGUGCCUGAGCAGCAUGGUGACCAUGUUCCCCAAGCUCCAGCUGGAGUGGAACGUUCGUCUGCACAUCCCUGUGGUCACCUCCACAAAGCCGAGGAAAAACAAGCCACCCACAUCCUCUCUCCGGCACACGCACUCAUGUGGCCCCUCCUGCAGGCAGCCUCCUGGGCACUUUCCAUGCAAGCACUGGGAAUGUGAGCCCCUGUGCAUGGCUCGACAACAGGAUAACCAGAUAGAAGCCAUCUGGAAGACUGAUGUGGCCUCCUCCAGUCACCCAAUAGAAAAGAAGACUCCCCCCGGCCUGCCCUGGGACCAGCUAGGGGGGUGCCCAGACAUUCCCCGGCUAUUGACCUUGGAUGUGCAUUCCUCCUACCACAAAAGCUUGAGGUCCCUCAAGGCCCGUGUCUUGGCGACCAAAAGAAACGAAUCCCAGGAAGCCCCAGAUGAGUCAGCUGAGCUUGUUUGUAAAAAGUCAAAUGAGUCUUUCCCUGGAACCGUAAAGCCAGAAGGAUCAAGACAGUCUCAGUCCCCACUCCAUCCAGUAGUCGGUGAUUCUCAAACUUCAGGGUGACUGAAAAUCAUAUGGGAACUUGUUUCAAAUGCAGGUUCCCAGCUGGUGUUUUUAAACAAACAUCCUGGGCAUUGCUAAGUAGUCCUAGAACUUUGAGAAACACCACUUCCCUCCUUCAGUCCCCAAACUGUACAUUUUUAAUAAAAUAGAGGUGUGUUUCUUUUUAAAA